UCGAAACAGCAAACAAAACAAACAUGUCUUGUUCCGUUGCAAUUCCAAAUUCUCCUAUAUUCUCUCUUUCCUCUUCCCAUUACUUCACCAAAAAUUGCUAUAUCAUUUCUUCUUCCACGGAUUCUCUCCCAACCUCUUCUUCUUCUUCACACUCCUCGCCGGUUUUGAAGAAAAAGAGACCUGCUAAACUUGAUAUACCUGUUGCUUCUCUCAUUGUUGAGCUUCCACCAGCAGUACCAUCUCGGUCGGCAGCGAAGGAUGUUGUUGAGGUAGAAGGAGAUGGGUUUUCUGUGUAUUGUAAGAGAGGAAGCAGGAAGCAUAUGGAGGAUCGUUACUCUGCUUCUCUUGAUCUUCAUGGACAAUCUAAACAGGCAUUUUUUGGCAUAUUUGAUGGACAUGGAGGUACAAAAGCUUCGGAAUUCGCGGCACAGAACUUGGAAAAGAAUGUGUUAGAGGAAGUAAUCAGAAGAGAUGAAAGUGAUAUUGAGGAAGCAGUGAAGCAUGGUUACCUCAAAACAGAUUCAGAUUUCUUAAAAGAAGAUCUUAAUGGUGGCUCUUGCUGUGUAACAGCAUUUAUUAGGAAUGGUAACCUUGUUGUGUCCAAUGCAGGCGAUUGUCGCGCUGUCAUCAGUAGAGGAGGUGUUGCUGAGGCCUUAACGUCGGAUCACAAACCUUCAAGGAAAGACGAAAAAGAACGAAUUGAAACUCAGGGAGGAUAUGUAGAUAUGUGCCGCGGUGUUUGGAGAAUCCAAGGAUCUCUUGCUGUUUCAAGGAGCAUUGGAGAUAGACACAUGAAACAAUAUGUGAUAGCAGAACCUGAGACCAAAGUACUCAGAAUUGAACCUCAUCAUGACUUUUUAAUCUUAGCUUCAGAUGGAUUAUGGGAAAAGGUUAGUAAUCAAGAAGCUGUAGAUCUUGCUGGUCCUUUAUGUGUAGAGAGCAAUAGACAAGGAUCCUUCCAAGCUUGUAAGAAACUUGUAGAUUUAUCUGUAUCGCGAGGCUCUAUCGAUGAUAUAAGUGUUAUGAUAAUCAAAUUACAAAACUACAUUUGAAGUCUCACCGAUACAGACACAAACAUCUGACACGACACCGACGCAGACACCUGUUAUAACUUAGAAAAAUGAAGAAAAAUGAAUGUGAUUGAUUGUAAUUACAUGUGGAGGCCAGUGUUAGACAUAAUAUAUGUCGGACACCAGAGACAACUUUCAUCAAAAGUGUAAAUGCUACAUAAAUUGGGUGAUAGGGUGCCUCCAUUUCAUUAUUAACCUUCUGCAGUACAGUUAGUGAGAAGUUAGUGAGUGUGAUUUUGGUUAAAGGAAAGAAAACUGGUGCCCUAAAAUUAAGAGAGUAACUAGAUUCUAAUCUGUAUAUACCCUACGAUUUGGUGAAAUUUUGGUUAUUUGUAGCUGAGGGGAGAAUAGGACGUAUAAAGUACAGUUUUGGUAGAAUGGUCUUGAUGUAAUAACAAGCAUUUAUUUAUGUACACUACCUUACAUUAAGAUAUUGCUGAAGUUUCAACCUAACAUUUUAUGUACACUACCUUACAUUAAGAUAUUGCAUAAUGCAUAUA